GAAGAAAUUGGAAAUAAUUCGGUGCUAAAGUAAAAGCUUAAGAGCCCCUUUUUUCUACUGUUUCUUUCUUGAAUAUUAGUGUUUGCACAGAUCGUGGUAUUUACAAUUACAGGUCGGUUGUAUUUGGUGUUUGAAUUUUGGAAAGGGGUGUGAACCACAGGUACCAUCAUGCUUGUCUAGUAUGCAGUAUUGGACAAGGCAAUAGGUGCUAAAAUCCUGACAAUGCUCGUUUUCUGAUUAACAUGCCUCUCGUUGUUAUCUAUAAGAAGUUGCUUGUUGAUGAGAAAUGAGGCUAGCAAAAUAUUAUUUAUUCUGGAAGGUUUGUGAGGAUAGGUUUGAUUUCUAGCUCUCCAUACACAAAAGUCUGCAUGAGUUGGUAAGAUUUGUCCAACCUUCUUUCUUAUAGUCACCUCUAUUUUUAUCCAAUUUUAACCAAAAUUUACCUAUAGACUAUGUUGAUUAGACUAUCUUCUUCUAUAAGAUUGUUAAUCAUUUGAACAAUGUAUCAUUCUAAUUUAUUGGCAUUAGCUCUACUUUUGAGAAUGUUGCUGAUUCUAGAAAAUUACUAGCCAUCUGUUAAAGGGGACUUCUAUAUUUGUAUAUAUAGAUGUAAUUAUGCAUACAGCCUAAAUCUGUCCCUUCUGUCUGUUUAAUCUGAGUUUAAUGGCAUUCUUAGUAACCUCGAAGUGUUGGUUUUUGGCUACAGUUGUGGUAUACAGCUUUGUUUUGUCGUUGAAAUUAGGUAAAGCAUACGAAGAUCAUCCUCAUUUAGGUGCUGCAGGCGUAAUUGCAAAGGAAUUCUUGCCUAAAGCAGAAGAUGAAGGAGAAACUGAUCAGUAUUUCCCGCAAGCCGGGAUAAUAAACACCAAUCCUGCUAAUAUUGUUGACAAAGCCCUCAAAUGUUUCCACGAUAAGAAUAUUUACAGUAGCUGCGAUGAAGCUUAUAGACUAGGCCAAAGUGGAGAACUCAAUGUUCCACCUGAAUACACAGAUCAGUACUGCAAAGGACCAUGCCUAACUGAGACACACCAUGUGCUAGACUGUUUGGACGGCAUCGUGAAACACUUUAUAUUCUACAACAAGGCGGCGCUAAGUGCAGUGCGAGAAAGUAUCAAGACAGGAUGUAGUUAUGGUCCUAAACGAGGUGACUUCAGUGUGGCUGGGCACCUCCAAGUCGAAGAGAAUAGCGCACGUAGAGCCUCUAAAUCUGUCAUAUACGGGCUUUUGCUAAUGUUUAUGGCGUGGGGCGCAUUGUUUUAACGUUGCUUUGGUUGUCGUCUAUGAGAUCACAUUAUUAUAUGUAUUCUUUUUCAUACUUACGUUGCUAUUGCAUAUAAGUAAAUUUAUAGAUAAGUUAAAAAUCGGGCUGCACAUUUUA